AAUGAUGAAGUCGUUCGUUUUGGUUAGUGUAGUGGCUCUGUGCCUAGUAGCUGUCGCACAGUCGAUAGAGCUAGAGCGUCUUAGGGUAAAAAGAGGUUAUGGUUCUGGAGGAGGUGGAGGCGGCGGCGGCGGCGGCGGAGGUGGUAGCGGCGGAGGAGGUGGUCACAAAGGAGGUUUCAGCGGAGGAGACCACGACGCUGGUGGUUUUAAUGGCGGAGGUAGAGGUGGUGGUGGAGGAUUUGGCGGUGGUCAAGGAGGAGGAGGCGGAUACGGCGGUGGUAAAGGCGGUGGUAGCGGCGGAGGAUUCGGAGGAGGCAGUGGAGGCGGAUCAGGUGAGUACAACAGCAUUCAACAAAAGAAAACUUUCAAUUCGACCAAUAAUAAAUUUUUUUUCAAGGUGGUUAUGGAGGAUCUCACAGCGGAGGCGGUCUUGGUGGUUCUCAUAGCGGAGGCGGUCUUGGUGGUUCUCAUAGCGGAGGCGGUCUUGGUGGUUCUCAUAGCGGAGGCGGUCUUGGCGGUUCUCACGAUGGAGGUGCUUAUGCAUCAGCUAAAGCUAAAGCUGGAUCUUAGUGAGUACAAUUUUUCGAAAAAUAUUUAUUUUGUUUCAAAAUAAUAAUUUUUUUACAGCUAGGAAAAAGAGAACGACGAAAAGACAAGCAUUAUGUGAUUUUUUAUCUUCAAUUUCAAAUUUGUGUGUGUGUGUUUCAAUAAAUUUAUAAUACAGAAA